CUGUUUUACUAGACCGGUACGAGCCGUAGACCGGUAACGUGUUCUUCGUUAAUCGCGCUCUUCGUUCCCUCGCGCUUUCAAACUUCAACCUAUUCUACAAUUGCUUGUAAACUCAGAAAGAAACCCGAAUCACGCUUAACGACGUUUCUUUUAUCAUUUCGGAUCAUUGAUCGUUUCUUUUAAAUAUUUUCAUCCAAAUCUCUUCGUGCGAGUGCGACGAGAUCUCAGAGGAGAAAGUAAGUUCGAACGGAACGGGAAAACUAUUUGAACAAUCGAAAGGAAAAUGCAAGUCUGGAACGCAAGUGAGGAUCCUAGAUUAAACCGUGUUUCACGUGACAAGCUGUUCAACGAUAAGAAUUCUAACGAACAUAAGGUAUUAACCCUUCGGGAGCUUAUCGAUGCCCUACACGAAGCAUUCAAGACCGACCACGUAAACAUUGACCACGUUCAGGAUCUUAUGGCAUCCUACAGAAGCAAUCCUUUGGAAUGGAAGAAAUACGCGAAAUUUGACAGAUACAGGUACACAAGGAACUUAGUUGACGAAGGAAAUGGACGAUUCAAUCUGAUGGUUUUAUGUUGGGCAGAAGGUCACGGAUCAGCCAUACACGAUCAUGCUAAUGCGCAUUGUGUAAUGAAAAUUCUCCAGGGUGAACUUUGCGAGACCAGGUACGCGUGGCCUACGAAAUGCAAGAAUGAUAAAGAAACCGAUGAACCGGAAGAACUAAAAGAAUUGGAGAGAAAUACUCUUGGCCUAAAUGAAAUAUGUUACAUCAAUGACUCCAUGGGACUUCAUCGAGUUGAAAAUCCAAGCGCCGUGAAUCCUGCAGUUUCGUUGCAUUUAUACUCGCCACCGUUCGAGUCGUGUUCGGUUUUCAAUAAACAAACUGGACAGAGGACCUCCUGUAAAGUCACUUUCUGGUCCAAAUAUGGAGAGAAAAGAAACCGAGAAAUUCAAGAUGCCAGGUGUCCCGAAGACAAUUAAUACGUUGAAAAUAACAUUUAUUGCGACAAUAAUUUUAGUAGAGAUUUUUCUCGAGCUGAGUGAAUCAAAAUUUUUAAUUUAGCGAAACUAGUAUGUAACUGUAUAAUAUAUUAAAGUACUUAAAAUGUAUUUAUAAGGACUUCUAUACGCUUCUAUGAAUUUAUGCUCAACAACGCUACCGUUCCUCAAAUAUUAAUACGUAACUUGACGAUACUGUGUUAAAUUGAAAAUUUAAUUGUAAAUUAUUACACAGAACGAAGUAAAAACAAAGGUUCAAUUUAAUCUUCUCCCAUUUGAUCUUGACUGACCAACUAUUAAAUUAUAUAUGAAGCUUACAUCCAAUGGCAAUGUAACCAAAAUACAAUAGAAUAUACGUAUACAUGUUAUUUGUUUGUUCUAAUAAAUUAAAGAUUUUACCAAUA